AUGACUUCUCAAACCCCCACUGCCUCUCCGGAAGAUCCUAUUGCUGAUCUACGGAACUUCCGAUCGCUUUCCGUUAGUGGAUCUAAAAUAAAUGGUGCGAGUCUGGAGUGGACUAAUGUUGACUUCAGUAUAAAGGACAAGAGGAUUCUCAUUGACUGCACUGGAAUGGUGCGGCCAGGAGAGCUCACAGCUGUUCUUGGUCCUUCGGGCUCUGGCAAGUCCACAUUGAUGAACGUUUUGGGUGGACGACAGAGCCUACGUGGGGACGGCAGAACUUUUGACGGUGAAAUCUCCUUCAACGGCAAGGUUCAAGAUCCUUUCAAUUUCCGAAGUCACAUAGCAUAUGUCAUGCAAGAUGAUCAUCUUACUGCCACUGCUACCCCGAGGGAGAUCUUGGAGAUGUCAGCCCGUCUGAGGAUGCAUGAUCAGAGCAAAGCUGAAGUCGAAGCUUUGGUCACGGAUCUCCUAGAUUCGUUGAAGUUGACUUCGUGUGAAAAUACCGUGGUGGGUAACGACGUGAUCAGAGGCAUUUCCGGCGGCGAGCGAAAGCGCACGUCGGUUGGGAUGGAGCUCAUCUCCAAGCCGCAGAUGAUAUUCCUUGACGAACCUCUCUCUGGCCUCGAUUCUUAUGCUGCUGUAACUACUAUGAAAGUUCUCAAGGACCUGGCUCGGUCAGGUGUAGCCGUGGUGGUAACAGUCCAUCAACCGUCGAGUGAGAUCUACUCUAUGUUUGAUAACACUCUGGUUAUUUGCAGUGGUAGAAUGGUGUACUUGGGCCCGACUGCCGAUCUCAAAGCCUUCAUCCAGGAUAGUACAUCGAAACAGUGUCCAUCUGAUUACAACCCAGCAGACUUCGUCCUCUCUGAGCUCCAAACCGCGUCUGAGGAAGAGAUAGAGAAACUGGCUGCAACCUAUAAAAAGAAGGCCCAAGCCAGAAUCAUACCUGGCAUUAAAGCGUCUAGGGCGAAAGGCGACGAUGCUCCACCGUUGAAGGCAAAGUCUAGGCCAUCUAGUAUGACGGCGCAGUUGACGGAGCUUUUCCUUCGUGAUGCCAGGGACACGUUCCGUAACAAGCCAGUACUCAUUGCUCGAUAUAGCGUUCUUAUCAUCCUCAAUCUCCUCUUUGGUUGUGUAUUCUUCGAUGCUGGCUCUACCCAGAGUGAGGACUAUUGGCUGACUAACGUUGACAAGUUCAUUCCUUACUAUGGUGGUAUGGUUACUGUCUGUAUAUCUGCCAUGAUGGGGUCGGCUCAAUCGACCAUCUUGCACUUCCCUGAGCAACGU